AUGGGUAGCUGUUGUAGCUGUCCAGAUAAAGAAACUGUCCCAGAUAAUCAUCGAAGCAAAUUUAAGGUUAUUAAUGUGGAUGAUGAUGGCAAUGAGCUGGGUUCUGGCGUAAUGGAGCUGACAGAUACAGAACUGAUUUUACAUACCCGUAAAAGAGAUGCAGUAAAAUGGCACUACCUUUGUUUGCGUCGUUAUGGCUAUGACUCAAAUCUCUUCUCUUUUGAAAGUGGCCGGAGGUGUCAGACUGGACAAGGAAUAUUUGCCUUUAAAUGUGCCCGUGCAGAAGAAUUGUUUAACAUGCUACAAGAGAUCAUGCAAAAUAAUAGCAUAAAUGUAGUAGAAGAGCCAGUAGUAGAAAGGAAUCACCAACAAACUGAAUUGGAAGUGCCCAGAACUCCCCGAACUCCUACUACUCCUGGGUUUGGUGCACAGAAUUUACCUAAUGGAUAUCCUCGAUAUCCAUCAUUUGGAGAUGCUUCAUCCCAUCCUUCAAGCAGACAUCCCUCUGUGGGAAGUGCACGCCUUCCUUCAGUAGGUGAAGAAUCAACACAUCCAUUGCUUGUAGCCGAGGAACAAGUACAUACCUAUGUCAACACUACAGGUGUACAAGAAGAACGGAAAAACAGGUCCAGUGUACACAUACCUUUAGAGACAAGGCUUUCUAAUGUUGAAAGUAACAAAGCAAGAGAAGAGCAGAGUAAUAUUGAGGACAGAGAUCCUCAGAUUCUUCUUGAGCCCGAAGGAGUCAAAUUUGUUUUAGGACCAACCCCUGUUCAAAGGCAGUUAAUGGAAAGAGAAAAACUGGAGCAACUUGGAAAAGAACAAGUGAGUGGUAGUGGUACCAAUAACACUGAAUGGGACACUGGCUAUGACAGUGAUGAACGAAAAGAUGCACCCUCGGGGAACAAACUGGUAUAUGAAAAUAUAAAUGGGCUAUCUAUUCCCAGUGCCUCAGGGGUCAGGAGAGUUCGUCUGACAUCCACCAGUACCUCAGAUACCCAGAAUAUCAACAACUCGGCUCAGAGGAGAACUGCAUUAUUAAACUAUGAAAACUUACCAUCUUUGCCUCCUGUUUGGGAAGCCCAUAAGCAAAGUCGAGAUGAAGAUGACCCCUUAGGACCAAAGACCCCAUCUCUCAAUGGCUAUCACAGUAACCUGGAUCCAAUGCAUAACUACGUGAAUACAGAGAAUGUAACAGUGCCAGCAAGUGCUCACAAAGUAGAAUUUUCAAGGCGCCGGGAUUGCACACCAACAGUCUUUAAUUUUGACAUCAGGCGUCCCAGUUUAGAACAUAGGCAACUCAAUUAUAUCCAGGUGGAUUUGGAAGGUGGUAGUGACUCUGACAACCCUCAGACUCCCAAAACUCCCACCACUCCUCUUCCACAAACUCCCACCAGGCGCACAGAGCUGUAUGCUGUGAUAGACAUUGAAAGAACGGCUGCCAUGUCAAGCUUGCAGAAAGCACUGCCACGUGACGAUGGGACGUCUAGGAAGACUAGACACAAUAGUACUGACCUGCCUAUGUGA